CUUUCAUCCUCCUUUUCACUGCACCGGCGCGUGAUCUCCAUGGGAACGUCGUCACGCAGGAGGAAGUGAGUGAACGGGACUAUUUGACAGUGAGCUUGCUUAGCAUGGCAGCAAAGGCAGUUCUGCCUAGGAGGGCUGACCCCACUGAGCUGAAAGGCAUUUUUGAAAAGUACGCCAGUGUGAAGAAGAAUGACGAGCACUUCAUGUCACCACAGGACUUUGUGAGCCGCUUCCUCCAUGCCCACACAGACAUCCGACUGUCGGAUGAGGCCACAAAGCUGCUGGCUGGAGUGGUGGACCAGAAGAAAGAUGGGUUGAUCUCCUUUCAGGAGUUUGUAGCAUUUGAGUCGGUGCUAUGUGCCCCAGACUCCCUCUUCAUGGUUGCCUUCCUGCUGUUUGAUAAAGCGGGCAACGGAGUGACCAGUUUUGAGGAUGUGAAGCAGGUCUUCAGCCAGACCACCAUCCACCAGCACAUCCCCUUCAACUGGGACUGCGAGUUCAUACGGCUGCACUUUGGCACGCAGAGGGACAAGCAGCUCAGCUACGGAGAGUUCACCCAGUUUCUCCUGGAGAUGCAGCUGGAACAUGCGCGACAGGCUUUCAUCCAGCGAGACCAAGCCCACAGCGGCUCCAUCUCAGCCCUGGACUUCAGGGACAUCAUGGUCACCAUCCGGCCGCACAUGCUCACGCCCUUCGUGGAGGAAUGCCUCGUGGCGGUUGCGGGGGGCAGCACAUCUCAUCAGGUCAGCUUCUCCUACUUCAACGGCUUCAACUCGCUGCUCAACAACAUGGAGCUUAUCAGAAAGAUCUACAGCACCCUGGCUGGAUAUCGCAGAGAUGUAGAAGUCACCAAAGAGGAGUUCAUUGUGGCAGCUCAGAGGUUUGGCCAGGUGACACCUAUGGAAGUUGACAUCCUCUUUCAACUGGCUGACCUGGCAGAGCCUCGUGGACGUGUUGGUUUAGUGGACAUUGAGAAGAUCGCUCCGCUGGAGGAGGGCGCCCUGCCCUACAACUUGGCAGAGGUCCAGAGACAGCAGUUGGGCAGUGACGGCUCCCGCCCCAUCCUCAUCCAGGUGGCAGAGUCAGUCUACAGGUUCACCCUUGGCUCAGUGGCAGGGGCUGUUGGUGCCACAGCGGUGUACCCCAUUGAUCUGGUGAAGACGCGCAUGCAGAAUCAGAGGAGCAGCGGCUCCCUGGUGGAAGAGCUCAUGUACAAGAACAGCUUUGACUGUUUCAAGAAGGUGGUGCGCUACGAAGGCUUCUUUGGACUUUACCGAGGUCUGGUACCACAGCUACUGGGUGUGGCGCCCGAGAAAGCCAUAAAGCUCACAGUGAAUGACUUUGUGCGAGGAAAGACCAGACAGAAAGAUGGCACAGUCCCUCUGCCUGCUGAGAUCCUGGCCGGUGGAUGUGCUGGUGGCUCCCAGGUGAUCUUCACCAACCCUCUGGAGAUCGUAAAGAUUCGUCUGCAGGUGGCAGGAGAGAUCACCACAGGGCCGAGGGUCAGCGCCCUCUCCGUUAUCAAGGACCUUGGCUUUUUCGGACUGUACAAGGGUUCCAAGGCUUGUUUUCUGCGGGACAUCCCCUUCUCAGCCAUCUACUUCCCCUGCUAUGCUCACACCAAGGCUUACCUCACCGAGGAGGACGGAAGGAUAGGGCCGGCCAAGAUGCUGUUUGCAGGAGCUCUGGCAGGCAUGCCAGCGGCCUCUCUGGUGACCCCAGCAGACGUGAUCAAGACCAGGCUACAGGUGGCGGCACGUGCCGGUCAGACCACCUACAGCGGCCUGGUGGACUGCUUCUGGAAGAUCCUCAGAGAAGAGGGGCCCCGCGCUUUCUGGAAAGGAGCAGGAGCUCGAGUGUUUCGAUCCUCGCCUCAGUUUGGAGUGACUCUGGUGACCUAUGAACUCCUGCAGCGCUGGUUCUACAUUGACUUUGGGGGACAAAAGCCGGCUGGCUCGGAGCCCACCCCCAAGUCUCGGAUCAGCCUGCCGGCGCCCAACCCCGACCACAUCGGAGGCUUCAGGUUGGCCGUGGCCACGUUCGCUGGCAUCGAGAGCAAGUUUGGACUCCAUCUCCCACGCUACACAGUGGCAACAGCAGCAGCAGCAGCAGCCCCUGCAAACACCCCUUGAACUGCUCACUUUGUUUAGUCCAUGGGUGAGGUGGGGGGUAAGUGAAAGAGAGGGCUUGAAUGUUUGUAGUAUUUUAAGUCACUUAUUUAAAAUUAUUUAUUAUUUAUCUUAUAUAGUAGUAUAUAGGCAGACAUGUUAAUUGGUGAGCCAGUUAGCAUGGGUGAUUUCAAGGAAACUCUUUGUAGAACUUGUGCAGUAUUUGUUUUAACUUUGAUUGACAUUGUAUAGAGUUGUAUUAUAUUGGGGUUUUGUUUUUCAUACAGUUUAGCCAGUACAGUAUAUGCACACAGACAGUAGAAGGGCUGGCAGAUGUUGAAACACACCUUAACCGCUUUGGAAAAUAGUAUCAAUAACUACAUACAGCAGCAGCUUUUUCCAGUGUCUUCCUAUUGUUGCUUUAUAAUCAAAAGCACAUUCCUCAUAUCAUAUAACUGGCUAAAAAAAUUAUUGAUCAUAAAUGUGGCACUUCUGUAUAUAGGAGAUAUCCAGAGACAUAUUUUCAUAUCUAUAUGGCUGUUUUGGUCCUGACUUGCUCAUUUGAUCAAAUGUAUCCACAAAAAUUUGACCAAUCAAUACUUGAAUGUAAAGACAGAGUGUAACAUUCUGACUGUACAAGAUGUUAACUGUUGUAAGAUUAUUUGGUUUCAGGUCUAAAUGUAUGCAGACGUGUAAAUAUCUGAAAGAGACAAAGAGCUGGCACCAACUGCACUUCUGUAGCGUGUCACGACUGAGUAUUUAAAACUGUACAGUGCAGAGAAUGUAGGAGUUACAUAUGGUGUGUAAUAAUCGUGCCUUACUGUACGUAUGGCAGCAACGUGUGUACUGAGAGUAAAG